AUGACCAAGUUGGCCGACCCUCGUCUCAUCAUCGUGAUCAACAUACUCAUCGUUUCCUGGUUGGGUUGUUGGCAAAUCAGUUCGCGCCUCUUGCAGGUGGCUCCCAGAGCUGCAGAUGCUACUUUGGAUGAUUCCUUGGACUAUGACGCUGGGAAUGUGACAAUGACAAUUCGCGUCGGCAACGAGACAGUCGACCAGAAUGAUCCAUUGUCGCUUUUGGUACAAGCUAACAUCAGUGCGAGUAGUACUGAGCCUCCAACUCCAGUCACCAUUACCACAAACCUUCCUGCUUGGAUGCAGGAAUAUGCCACAUGGCAUCAAGAAACAAGGGCUCAGCUGAAUGAGACCAACUGGAAUACACAUUAUCGCUAUCUAGUCAUGGUGGCUCGACGAGGAGAACAAAACCAAUCGAAUCUUGUUGAUUUAUUGGAACAAACCUUUGCUCGUGGAAGAAAACAAGACAUUGUUCGACUGGCCAAUGCCACUGUUAUGAUUUGUGAGAUGCAAGCCAAUGACUAUGGGCAAGAGUGGCUCGGCAUGUUUCGACACAUGUGGCACUGGGCAUUCACUCCUGCCCCACCCAUUGCACAGCGUGUCAAGGACAAUUUUGACAGACUGGGGAUUGUUCCGGGGGAAUAUGCUGCAGCUCAUAUCCGUGCUGUGUAUGCCGUCAAGGAACGAUCCGAGAAGGAAAUGACACAAAUGACACACCAUGCUAUGAAUUGUAUUUCGAUGUUGCGGCCUGGUGGGCCAUUCUUUGUGGCUUCCGACACUGCCUUUGCCGUCAAGACAGCCAUUGAGUAUGGACGCAGCAAAAAUGUCACGGUGUGGCACAACCAACAAUGGAGCCUACCAGAACAACCGCUUCAUUUGGACAUGUAUGAUGCCAAAGACCCCUCACUGGUACCAGAGGACUUUUACGAUGCAUUUGUGGAUUUGUACCUUUUGGGAAGUACUCGAUGUGUGGCGCAUGGCCAAGGUAGUUUUGGUCAUUGGGGGUAUCUGUUGGGUUACAAUUCGACCUGUGAGAUUCGACAUCGCCGGGGACCAAGUGUUUUGGACUCCGGCCAAGACAAAACAAACAGACCGACAGUCAGCCGCAAGAGUCCACAUUGGCCGCCCGCUGUUCCGACCACCCAUUCGUAUGAUUCCAUCUACUCACCUUAUGCAUAUUGCUUGAUUCUUUUUCCCAUGUCAUUUCUUGAGACCCUUUCUCGUUUCAAUCAACCUACACAAUACUAA